AUGCUGGGCGCCAUGGUUGUAUUUCUCGGAGCCGCCAGCAAAGGUUUGGGCAUCACAGUUAUAUUUCUCGCAGCUGCCGGCAAGAUGCUGGGCGCCAUGGUUGUAUUUCUCGGAGCCGCCAGCAAAGGUUUGGGCAUCACAGUUAUAUUUCUCGCAGCUGCCGGCAAGAUGCUGGGCGCCAUGGUUGUAUUUCUCGGAGCCGCCAGCAAAGUUCCGGGUGUUAUGAUUGGCUUUCUCGGAGCCGAUAAUCUCGCUCUCGGAGAUGUCUCCACAUUACCGGAGCCGGAUUUCCCGCACUGGAAUUGA